UCGUGGUGCUGAGAGCUAUCACAUGACACCAGGAAAACUUUUUGAACCAAUACGACAGCUAAUGUAAGGACAGCUGCUUCCGUCAGAGGGAGAGGACAGUCAUUUCUCAUUCACUGGGUAGAAAGUUGAGUGAGUGAAGUUUGGAGAGGAGCUGAGGCUGGUCCUGGUGGACAAUGCUAUGGAUACAAUCUGGCAGUACCAGUUUCGGAUUAUCUUGCUGGGAGAUUCCACUGUGGGGAAAUCUUCUCUUCUCAAGCGUUUCACUGAUGGCACUUUCAGUGAGCUGCAGGACCCCACGGUGGGGGUGGAUUUUUACGCCCGGGUGUUGGAGGUAGAGCCGGGCUGUAGGAUCAAAUUGCAGCUGUGGGACACCGCCGGCCAGGAACGCUUCAGGUCAGCCGCAACAACACCCGCGUCUGGAGUCGCCCCCCGAGGGCUGAGAGCGAGAGAAACGCGUGUGGUUUCAGGCGCCUGCAAGUUGCAGCGACUGUUAUAUAGGAGUGGAACAACACUGAUAUUCCUGAGAAUCCCAAGAAGGUGUUUGGUGGUGGGGUGAGAUUCUCCUUAUCCA